AUGCAGUGUAGUACGGGAAAUUCACAAAGCUGUGGAAAUUCGAACAGCGAAGAAAAUAUCAAGGAUGAUGAAGUGAGGUAUCCUGAUGGAAGUGUCAAGUUAAGGAACCCCAACAUCGAACUCAUGGACCAAGACAUUUUGUACCAUCUAGCACUAGGCAGUGGGUCACAUGACCUUGUCGAGAUGUUCGGAGAUGUCAAAUUUGUAUGUAUGGGGGGAACCCCCAAGAGGAUGGAAAACUUUGCUCAUUUCAUGAUGAAGGAAAUCGGUCAUAAAUUGCCGACAGGAACGCAACUGAUGGACAUAUGUCAGUAUUCUUACCGAUAUAGCAUGUACAAAGUUGGACCUAUCCUAUCUGUCAGUCAUGGUAUGGGAGGUCCCUCUAUCGGCAUCCUGCUGCACGAGAUCAUCAAGCUGAUGUACCACGCCAAGUGCAAGGAUCCCAUCUUCUUCAGGAUCGGCACGUGUGGAGGCAUAGGCUUAGAUGGGGGCACCGUGGUUAUUUCCGAAGAUGCUGUUGAUGGGAUGCUCAACAGAUACUAUCAAGUGCCAAUAUUAGGAAGAAUAGUGAAACGACCAACUCGCUUCGACAAGAAACUGAUCAAAGAACUGAAAGCCUUGGCAGACCCAGAAGACCCUUACGAUACUGUCACGGGCACCACGAUGUGUGCUGACGACUUUUACGAAGGGCAAGGGCGAUUAGACGGAGCAUUCUGCGACUAUACCGAAACCGAGAAAAUGCAAUUUUUGGAGAGUCUAUCGGCAAACGGAGUGAGGAACAUAGAAAUGGAAGCGACAGUUUUUUCAGCUUUGACGAACCAGGCCGGCAUCAAGGCAGCUGACAUUUGCGUAACGUUAUUGGACAGGCUCAAAGGAGAUCAGGUGAUGGCUCCCAAAGAGGUGUUGAACGAAUGGCAGGUCCGGCCUCAGAUCCUCGUGGGCCGCUACAUCAAAAGGUACCUGCAAAUGAAGGGCAGAAUUUCCCUCGAUGGACACGGUUCCAUCGCUGUCAAAAGCCCCAGACGUUUCAAAUUGGUGCAACAGGAAUCGCAAACGUUCGAUUAAUGAUUGCGAUGACGUCAUUCAGCACCGGCAAUUUUUCAUUUAUCGGCGAUCGGUAUUUUUUUUCUCUAAGGGGGGGGGGGAUUCUUGCUGUUGAUAGCGUUUUUGUGUGGUGGGAACCACGAAUUAGAUGA